AGUUUGACCCACGGCCGCGGCCGCCUCCAGAGUAGAGCGGCAAGACCAAGCGACAUUCUGCGUUUUUCAUCAACCUCCUGCAUUGAAUCUACUUAACAUCGCUCCACAAGCACAUUAUGGGUCAGCAAGAGUCUAAGGGCUUCGGCGGGAAGAGCUUCAACGACUUCUGUCUUGCGCGGGGCGGUGCCGAAGAGUUUCACGAAAAUGACCCGGAGUUCAAGAAAAGGCAGCUGCGGUUUCAGAAACUGCGGGAACUGCACCGGCGGUUGAUGCAGUUUUUGCGACAUGCAGAACUUUUGGAAAAGGAAACAAGGAAGGUAUGGCAAAAAUACACAAGCCAAAUUCUCGUCGAGCGAGAAAUUUCCGCGCCGCUCGUGCAGCAGGCAACGCAGCACUACAUCGACAGCUACGCGAUCAAGGACGCGAUACCGGAAAUCAGCUGCGUCUUUCGCGAUUUUGUGAAGGAUCGAACACACUAUCGUUCUCCUGAUGGUAAUGUUGCGGACACUCGUCGUUCUAGGAACAAUUAUUCUACUAGCACGGGCGAAACCGGAGGUGUCGUGUCGGUCAGAUCGCUUGCACCGGGAUCGCCUACAGGGGGAGAUGAUGGGGAGACCGGCGGGCAGCUGUCUGAAAAGGAAUUGGCGGAGUACCUGCUGUGUGUGUUCCGUUUCAUGGAAGAGGAUUUGCGGCGCAGGUUGGAACACGUCACUGAUUUCGAUGCGCAGGGCCUUGCGGCUUCUAAGAAAAUACAUGACACGCCUGCUCGACAUGAAAAGCAAGAUGACCUGCUUGUUCCUGAGCACGGCGCGGACGGUUCUGUGCAUGUGGCUUUUCAGGCCUCCCCCGGAACUCCGUCCCUGGAACAAAUCAUGAGCAUGUCGCCCCUACCAGUCUUGGAGAAGAAAAAGCGCGGCACCACGGCUUCACGCCCCGGGAACAGUACGAGAAGCAGGACGAGACAAACGUCGGACGAGUACAGUUCGGAAGAGAACAAGAGCAGGUCUAGUUCCUCUAGUGAUAGUGCCGACAACGUAGUGCAGCCGUUCUUCGCACCAUGGGACCAAAAGAAGCGCCAAUCAGCGGCAGCACGCGCCGGCAUCCGACCGAAAUUCCCCGUCAUUUUGUUGCAGCCAGAGAUAGAGAGUAAUUCAUUAUCGUCCAGAACGAACGAGAAGAGAAACAGGGGGGGCUGGCGCGAACAAGAAGAUCGCAGUCGGAAGGACCCUAAUCGUGCACCGCAGCAGGCUCCCCCUUUACAAACAGCAGUUGCGCAAACAGGCUUUCGCGUCCCUUACCGCGAGCCGCCAUCGAGAACAGUCUUGGAACCGCGACCGAGUGUCGAUCCCGAAGCGGCAAGUGACGCAACCUUUCGCAGCGUGAGCCCACCACAGCGUCAGAGCGAUCGGUUACUCCACCACCUCGGUUUGCAGGAGGAAGCCGCAGACGCGGAACCGGAACGCGCUGGUAUGUUCACAUAGCCGUAGCCCUCGUUCAUGCUCGUAACUAGUUUGCAGAAUGUGAAGGUCUUUGCAACGCAUGGACGUCGUUGACCCAUGUUGAAAAAAUAGGGUUGCUUCCACAACGGACGAAAAACAUGAAAUGUUGCUUCUCAACAGGCUCUGGCGUAGCGGCGUUCUUUCCGCAAGAUCAAAACUCCUCCAGACCCUCGGACACGCAGCGACAGCGCCGUAGUGCGGCCACCAGGUCUCCGGAUCUCUUCCCCAAACCAGCGAAAUUUGGCACCAGUACGGCCGAAAACAGCGAAGAGACUUCGACUACGCAGGAGGACCAGGACUUGCAACACGUCUACCAGCACGUUGUGCAGCGAUACCAGAAAAGCAAAGACCCCGAAGGUGGACAAUUGCAGCACGGUGGAUCCGGGCCCCCCUUGCUCUACUACGCGGAAUCUAGUGCGUCCUCAGCAUCUUCGGCUACGACGCCGCCCCCGGCGGCGUCUCGUGACCGGUCGGGCAGCUGCAAUCUUUCCCGAUACCUGCACUACGCAAAACCAAAACGGAUAUCCACACCGCUGCCAAAAAAUCUCGACGUGGAGAACCACGCAAACCGGCGUGUCACCCCGUACUUUCAAAAUGACCAGCAUCCGGUUUCAGGUUCUUCAGCGGCUUGCUCGUCCUCCAGUGACGCCGGCGUCUUGACGUUUCCUGAAAACCGCGGCAGGGCCUCGACAAGCAGCUUUCAGGGCGCCAGCUUCGGGCAGCCCAUCCUGGACCAGUAUGAAGACGAGCUACACGAGCUAACACCCUCGCUAGGAAUAGACGAGCUGAUGCACUGCACAAGCGGCAGGGAUUCGUCAUCGACCACAGGAAAUGGAGGCACCGCAUCCGCAUGCUUUCCGCCUGUGGAUCCGGAGGAUCUCGACCGCAGAGCGAGGGGACAAGGAGAAGAGCAAGAAGCUUACGAUUACGGCUAUGGAUAUGGUCGUGUUGAAAAUAGAACUGAGUUUGAGGAUGCGCCGUCGAAUUCUAUCGAGUUUGAUGUCGGAUUCUUGGAGGACAUGAAUCUCCCCGACACGCCGCAAGAUGAAGUGGACCCUUCGCGGUCGCGCUCGCAACUCGGAUACAGCCAGCUGAGCAAAUCGGCCGCCACAGCGCCGAACAAAACACCAGCACGGCCGGUGCUGACACCGACUCCGACUACGGGGGAUCACAGAAAUAUCGCACACCUUGACAACAUCGACGAGAGGAGCAACGGCAGCUGCACCGAAUUCCUGGACGCGAGAGGCUUCAUCCGAAAGCACAAAUCCAGAAGUCCUUACCAGACCUCGCUCAACCUGCAGAACUCUCUUGCAACGCCUUCGCAAUAUGCAAACUCCAAAUCAACUACAUCAAAGGAAUCCUCGAAGGACAUAUUCACGGAAAGGAAAAACACUAACACAACAGCGGUAUCAUCUACUUCGGCGGUGUUCGGAGACCACAGCAUGCUAUCUGCUUCUGGUCGUGGUGCUACUGCAGAUUAUGCAGCUGACGUCUCUAAGUCUAAUCUGUCCUCUUCUUCGACUGGAUCCACACACGAAACAACUCCCGCUGCGGAAAGAGUAGUUGCCGUCACCCCGGGAGCGAACCAGCCGCACUACCGGCGAUCUCCGCUGUCCGGACUCACGCCCGCAUCUGCGCUUUUGCCGGUUAGCCCGCUGACUCCGCCGACGAUCUCGCCUUCUGAGCUGCGCGACAGAAAAUGGUCGAUGGCUCUCGUCGAGCAGACACUAGCGCACGCAUUCUCGGUCACAUACUGGGACGAAAAGACCAGGAGGGUCGCGACAGGGUAAGCUCAUGUUAUUGCGCGGUAGAAAUGAAAAAAAAAACGAUCUAUUCCUGCUUCUGUCUGAAACUCAGCCAAAAAUCCCAUUACGUUUGGGUUUGCGCUCGCCUGCACGUUCAAGUAUGAACAGAACCUCUAGUACUCGACCAUAAACACAAACUAACAAACAGUCUCCGAUUUUCCAUCGUCACCAGCGACCGCGAUAAUACUGGCCGAACGUCGUUUCUCUUCCUCGACGGCCGGAGAUGGAAUUUUGACCAAUUGCGCAGUGUGCAUGUGGGGAAACACUGUCGCUGCCUCGCGGAGCCGGACUUUGCUUUCUCGGCCGACGGCCAUGACCAAAACAUCGCUUUGUGGACAACGCUCACGUUCGCCAGAGGGAGCUCCGCUCCUCCGGGUGCGACCACGACCGCGGUGAAUUUUCGCAGCGAGGUGCAGGAGGCCAUCCUGCGGUGGGUCAUCUGCUAUUUCCCCCAUGUCCCAAUAUUUGGUCCCACCUUUGUUUUGUAACAAAGAAACUGAAGAAUCAGACUUCACAAAGGAUAUAGAAACUUCAACCUGCAGCAUGCAUCAAAAAUCCUUCCGAGUCCCACUGCCAUGGUCGUGCACAUCGAGGCGGUGCAGAUUCAGAAACAAAUGAACUUCAAUGAGCGGAUAUUUGUUGCUGCUGCAGGACUUUUGCUACUCGUCAGUCUUUUUCCCAAAUGUACCGAAUAAAACAGAACAGAUACAGAAAUGAACAACCUCUGAGGUCAGCGGAAGCUGCUCAAGAGCCUGAAACAACAAUGAAUGUAAAAAAAGCGUCGCAACUUCACAGUCUAGAACACCAUCACACCAG